GGACUAAACCCAGGAAGAAGGAGGAUGGCAAUGGCUCUCAGGGUGACAGCAGAUGUGUGGCUGGCAAGAUCCUGGAGGUGCCUGCACAGGACAAGGGCACUGGGCACCAUGGCAACACUGGCCCCCAAGACACUGCAGCCCUUUGAAGCCAUCCCACAGUACUCCAGGAACAAGUGGCUGAAGAUGAUACAGAUCCUGAGGGAGCAGGGCCAAGAGAACCUACACCUGGAGAUGCAUCAGAUCUUCCAGGAGCUGGGGCCCAUUUUCAGGUACAAUGUAGGAAGAAGACAGAUAGUGUCUGUGAUGCUGCCAGAGGAUGCUGAGAAGCUGCACCAGGUGGAUAGUACAUACCCUUGCCGCAUGCCCUUGGAACCUUGGAUAACCCACAGAGAACUCCGUGGCCUGGAAUGUGGUGUGUUUUUGCUAAAUGGGCCAGAAUGGCACUUCAACCGAUUGCAGCUGAACCCAAAUGUGCUGUCACCAAAAGCCGUUCAAAAUUUUGUCCCUUUGGUGGAUGUGAUAGCAAGGGAGUUUGUGGAUUACCUGAAGAAGAAAAUGCUGGGGAAUGUCCAUGGAAGCUUCUCUAUGGACCUCCAGUCUAGUGUGUUCAACUAUACCAUAGAAGGCAGCCACCUUGUUCUUUUUGGAGAGCGGUUGGGCCUCAUUGGCCAUGACCUGAGCCCUGGCAGCCUGAAGUUCAUCCAUGCCCUGCAUUCUAUGUUCAAGUCCACCACACAGCUCAUGUUCUUGCCCAGGAGCCUGACGCGAUGGACGAACACACAGGUGUGGAAAGAAAACUUAGAGUCCUGGGAUUUCAUCACUGAAUAUGUCACAAAAUCUAUCAAGAAUGUAUAUCGAGAGCUGGCAGAGGGUCGCCCACAGUCUUGGAGUAUCAUAGCAGAGCUGAUGGCAGAGAGUACUCUGUCAAUGGAUGCCAUCCAGGCCAACUCAAUGGAACUUAUUGCUGGAAGUACUGACACGACAGCAAUCCCCUUGGUAAUGACCUUUUUUGAGCUGGCUCGGAACCCAGGUGUUCAGCAGGCCCUGCGGCAGGAGAGCCUGGCAGCUGAGGCCAGCAUCACUGCAAAUCCCCAGAAGGCCCUGUCAAACCUGCCUUUGCUGAGGGCUGCCCUUAAAGAGACCUUGAGGCUCUAUCCUGUUGGUGUUUUUUUGGAGAGAAUUCUAAGCUCAGACUUGGUGCUUCAGAACUAUCAUGUCCCUGCUGGGACAGUCCUCAAUGUGAGUCUGUACUCCAUGGGCCGAAACCCUGCAGUGUUCCCAAGGCCUGAACGCUAUAUGCCUCAGCGCUGGCUGGAGAGGAAAAGGAGUUUCCAGCACCUGGCCUUUGGCUUUGGGAUACGCCAGUGCCUGGGGAGGCGUCUGGCAGAGGUGGAGAUGCUGUUCCUGCUUCACCACGUGCUGAAAUCCUUCCAUGUGGAGACACAAGAGAAAGAGGACGUGCAGCUGGUCUACCGCUUUGUUUUGAUGCCCAACUCCAGUCCCCUCCUCACUUUCAGGCCUGUCAGCUAGCACAGCCUUUUCCUUUUGGUGUCUCAAGAUGUCAGUAGCCUCCUUCUGUUCUGAUAACAUGCUACCCCUCCUUUUUUUUUUUUUUCUUAGAAUGCUAUGUCUGUGGUCAUGCUUAGCCUCUUGUCUAGGAUCUGAGAGGUUGUGAUUCAAGGCCAGGGAAUGGCUCUGGAGGAUUGCUGUCCCUUAACUGUCACCUCCCAGCCUCUUCCUGUGGUCAUUCAAGUGAACCCAUAUGCUGGCUUCCUGUCUGGUUCCAAUCAUCCUUGUCACUCUCUUCCUGCCACCUCUCCUAAAAUGUGUUUGCAUUGUUUGAAUGCUGUACAAGAGGAACCCAACAUCACAAAGGACAUCACAUAUCAGCAGUGAAAGCCCAUGACCACUCAUGACACAUUAUCAUGUGUGAGGGAAGACAGAACUGGCCAUGCAACUAAUGUGUAUGUUGCAAACCCCAGAUGCCAUGUGGUAUGGUUCAGACCUCACAGGCACAGUGAAUGUAUGGUGAUCAUUCUCCAGUCCAGACAAUGUGUGGAUCCAGGGGAUGCUGUGAAGAGCCAAGGGCCUCAGAUGUGGCAGAACAAGCUGUAGACUUGUGGUGGUAACAUAUGGGUCAGAAAUUGGUUAGUGAGUUUCAUAAUGGUUUCUGUCCACAUCUUCUCUGGUCAACAGAUGAACACAUAUCACAAGUCAGACUCACUUGGGGGGAUUUGGAACAUUAGUGUGUAAUGCCUUUCAGUUCUCAUGUUUUGGAACACAUGUACCACUGGCCAAAGCACAGUGCACCAUGUAGGGAGGGGAUGUCCCUUAGGUUACAAUCAUACCUAGGCACUCUCUCUUUGCCUCAUUGUUUCUUAGAUGCCUUGAUAAAUUAUAAACUAUGGCUCUUACAUACA